UUUGGUGAAAUAAAAAUAAGAAGUCCGCAAAAGGGUGCAUUUUGGUGCCAUUUUCGCAGAUUCCUAUUCAGUAUUUUGUAAUCGCGGCUAGCGGGAAGCUCAGAAACUCCUUAACCUUGUUCUGGAACCACAUCGAUCUGAUCUUCAGUCGCAGACAUCCUUUGCUAGUAAAAAUACUACUUGGGAACUUGAAGAUCACUGCAAAGGAUAGCAAUUGGAGCAUUAUGGGCGAAGAGUACUUGAAAGAGAGUUUCAAUGGACUUGGUGAGAAGCAUUCUACUGCAGAGAGUUCUUUGACUCUUCUUUUUGACUCUGGUAACCUUUCAACUGCUUGUGAGAAUGAGAAGACACCGAAACACAAGGCUUCUCGCGAUAAUGCUGACUCUGCGGUUGUUGAAAGUAGUAAUGCAGCAAAGAAGAAAAGGGCUUCGAGGAUAAAUGGUGGAGGACUUCGGCAAUUCAGCGUUAUGGUUUGUAAGAAGCUGGAGAGUAAAGGAAGAACGACAUACAGUGAGGUCGCAGAUGAAAUUAUUUCAGAGUUGAAUGGAAUGCGUAAUGACACCACAGUUUCUCUAGAUGAGUUUGAUGAAAAGAACAUACGUCGGCGGGUAUAUGAUGCACUAAAUGUCCUUAUGGCAUUGGAAAUCAUCACUAGAGACAAAAAGGAAAUCCAGUGGAAGGGGCUUCCAAGUACAGAUAUUAAGGAACUGGAAGAGCUUAAGGCAGUACGUGUGAAACUGGUGAAUAUGAUUAGAAAGAAAGCUGCUUACUUGAAUGAUUUAGAAGAGCAAAUUGCAGGUCUCCAAUGUUUGAUAUCACGAAAUAAGCAGCUGCUCAAUUGUGGAAACUCUCCUGUGGAAGGAUUUUCUUUGCCAUUUUUACUGGUUCAAACAAGCUCCCAUGCCACAGUUGAGAUUGAGAUUUCUGAAGACAUGCAGUUGGUGCACUUCGACUUUAAUAGCACACCCUUCUCCUUGCAUGAUGAUGCUUACAUUCUGAAGUUACUGAGGCGCCACCAGCUGCCGGUAAUUAGACCCGUAUCCCGAAGCUCUUCUUCGGCUCUCUCGUCUUCAAGCUCCGGUAUUGUCUCUAGAGCUACCAAGCCCUUCUCUUGGAACUCUGAAAAACAUGCUCAGAGAUGAAGACAUACAGUGAUGUAGGAGCAGAUUUUUGGCAUCCAUACAUGUAUAGAUAUUUCCAUGCCGUGGUAAUGUGUUAGAACACAUUUAUAUCUCCACUAUAAAAACAUUGUUUACAACUUUGUUGUGGAGUAAUACUACUUUUUGUAGGUUGAUGCGGGAGCGGCACUCUUGAUCUUUUUGUAAUGCCCUGUAUCUGUAAACUAUAUAUGGGAAUAGCAACUUGAAAAUUUUAGCUUAAUUUUUUUAGUGUCCUUUCAUAUGAGAU